UAUGCAGUCAGUUGUCGCUCAAUUAUCAGUCGUAGACGCACUGCCGGUUUGACAGAGUGAACGGCAAGAAGUUGUUAACUAAAAUCAGUGAUUUUGUCUUCCUUUCCAUUUAUUUUCUCAGUGUCAACAAUGGCGAGCGGUUACGUUUCUCUUUCUCGUACGUUCUUCCUAUUACUACUGUCGACUUUCUGUGUUGCACUUAAUAGCAAUGUUCGUGUUUGGCCUUUACCACAAAAAAUAAACAGCUCCUCGAAUGUGAUGCAAAUUCAUCCGUACAGUUUUACAUUCACUGCAACAUCCGUAUCUUGCGAUGUUUUAGAUUCCAGCUUCAAGAGAUGGUGGAAGAGAACUUUUAUCAGUUUAGAACCCCGUUUGAAAAAAUCUUUCCAAUUCCAAACUAGUCAGGUUGAAGUUCUCAACAACUUGAAUGUGAACGUUCGUCAAUCAUGUAAUGGUGGAAUGUACCCUUCACUCCAAUCAGACGAGUCUUAUCUGCUUGUGAUCAAAGCUAAUGGUGCAUCAACAUUAGUUGCUUCUACUGUUUGGGGUGCACUCCAUGGCUUGGAAACAUUUAGCCAACUUGUAUAUGAAACUGAAAGUGGAAUGUAUCUCAUCAACGAAACCGUAGUAGAAGAUAAACCCAGGUUUAAGCACAGAGGUAUUCUGCUUGAUACAUCAAGACAUUUUCUUACUAAAGAAAAAAUCCUUGAAAACCUGGAAAUCAUGUCACAGAACAAAUUCAAUGUGUUCCAUUGGCACAUUGUUGAUGAUCAGUCAUUUCCAUACCAGAGUUUUUACUUCCCAGAACUCAGCAAUAAAGGAGCAUUUAACCCAUUGACACAUAUUUACACCCAGUCUGAUGUAAAGGAGAUCGUUGAAUAUGCUCGUCUGCGAGGCAUUAGAGUGGUGCCAGAAUUUGAUACACCAGGCCAUACUUUAUCCUGGGGUAAAUCUCAGAAAGAACUUCUUACUCCAUGUUACUAUUCUUCGUCUAAGAAUGGUAAAUAUGGUCCUAUCAAUCCAAUUUUGAAUUCUACAUAUGCCUUUAUGAAGAAGUUUAUUUAUGAAAUUAGCAUGAUGUUUCCUGAUAAAUAUUUCCAUGCUGGGGGAGAUGAGGUUAACUUUGAUUGUUGGAAAAGCAAUCCUGAUAUUACUAAAUUCAUGCAAAAUAUGAAAUUUGGAACAUCUUAUUAUAAGUUAGAACAAUACUAUAUGGAGAAAUUAUUAGACCUUGUUGCAUAUAACCAUAAACACUAUCUGAUCUGGCAAGAAGUCAUUGAUAACAAAGCUACAGUUCAAAAUGAUACUGUGGUCCAUGUCUGGAAAAGUGGCUUCAAGGAAGAAUUAGCAAAGGUUACAAGCAUGGGUUAUAAAACACUACUUUCCUCAUGCUGGUAUCUUAACUAUAUUUCUUAUGGAUCUGACUGGCAACAAUAUUAUACUUGUGAUCCUCAAAAUUUUUCUGGUUCUACUAAACAGAAAGAACUGGUAAUUGGAGGUGAAGUAUGUAUGUGGGGAGAAUAUGUUGAUGGUACCAACCUUACUCCCAGACUUUGGCCAAGAGCAUCAGCUGUUGCUGAACGUUUAUGGAGUGAUGCUAGUGUAACAAAUAUAGCUUCUGCAGAGACUCGCUUAGAAUUUCAUAGAUGUCGGCUUUUAAAGCGUGGUGUUCCAGCUGAACCUUUGAGUCCAGGUUACUGCCCUAGAGCAAUGUAGAACAUUUACUAACAAUAUCCAAUGGAUAACUUUCGAUACUUUACUCUUCAUUAUUUUACUCUUAGAAGAAUGAAAAACAAAUAGAACAAAAAUAAUUUGAUUAAUUUAAGUCUGGUUUCAUGUUCAUCACAUUUAUUUUCCUUUCCACUAAAAUAUAAUGACUUUAUGAAUUGGCAAUGAGAAACCAAUAUUUGUUUGACUCAAAGAAGACAACACUUGUAUUGAAACAUUGACUCUAUAUCAUUCCUAUGUAAGGUUUAAAAUUUAUCAAGAAGUGUUUUAUUUGUCUUACAAGCAAAAUACUCCUUGUCUCUGAUUUUUCAGUCAGUUCCAAAUGAUAUUAAAAUAAAUUGGAAAUCUGUCAAACACCACCAACACUGUUUAGAUUCCCAUGGAAAUUAUAUAUUACAAUACUUUAAAUGAUUCCUAUAAAAAUUUUGGUUCAAUUUU